CGUUUGCUCUGCACCAAUCCCAGCACGCCUUACUAAACCAAACUAGCCAAUAGGCGCUCGUUUUAUUUCACAGUGCCAGCUAGAGGCGCGCACGGGCCAUCGGGAUACAGCAAACCAGUAACAGAGAUACACUGUGUCUACUUUGGUCUGGAAACAAGCCGGUAAAGCAUGGCGGAAUUCCUUGAAGACCCGUCCGUUCUCACAAAGGACAAGCUUAAGAGCGAACUGCUUGCGAACGAGGUUCCUCUUCCCAGCGGCGAGCACAGGAAAGAUGUUUAUGUCCAACUUUACCUCAAACACCUGACCGUCCUGAACAAGAAACACUCUCCAGCCGAUACUUUCUCCAGUGACGACGAAAUAACACCAGUCAUCUCUAACAGAAGUCGAUCAGGAAAAAAAGCUACAAAAAAGACGGAUAAGAAUCGAAAAGAGGAGGUGGAUGUUGCCAGUCUGACCGACAGCGACUUGAAGGAUCAGCUGCUGAAGUAUGGCAUCAAUCCUGGUCCUAUAGUCGCCUCAACUCGUAAGCUUUAUGAGAAGAGACUACAGAAGCUGUUGGAUCAACCUUCUUCAGAGAUCACACCACCUGAACCUGAGACUGCAGUUCCAGAGACCGUACCUGUGAAGGCUGACGGCAGUCAGAACGGCAACACACACACGGUGGAGGAUCAGUACAGCGACAAGGAAGAAGAUGUUGAACCAGUGCCAGAGCCAGUUCCUAUAGCACCAAAACCCGUGAGAAGCCGAGGAAAAACACCCGUGACCACCAGGACAAGCAGCCGACACAGCAGUAAGCAGGUAGAGGAGACAACAGCAGCUCACGAGCGGUCAUUUUCUGUGGACAGAGGUGAUAUUUUAAAAGAAAUAUUCCCUAAUGAACCUCCUACACCCACAGGCAUUAGUGCUACCUGUCGGCGGCCUAUCCAUGGGGCAGCUGGGCGUCCAGCGAGGCCGCUUGACCUCUGGCCAGAGGAAUCUCUCCUACACCAGCGUGUGUUCACAACCACCAAGUCAUCAUUCACACACAGUCACAGCACUCCAUCACAUGCUCUGUCAUUCUCUCCACCGUCUGAGCUGCGUCCACGCCGUCGCUCCUUCUCCAUCUGGCUCAAACUGCUGGUGUUCCUCAUGCUGGCUGCCUCACUUUACUAUGUCUUUCAGAAUGUGAGCAGUGAGCAGAUCGACUCCUGCAUGCUCUUCUUACAGGACAGGGUGGUCACGCCCCUCCUAACUGCGAUUGGUGUUAUUAGCCAGGAAGAGAAUUCUGGGAGCGAGUGAAUGCAUCUUCUCCCAGUGUGUGCAUGAGCUGUCUCUAUUCUCAGACUUGAGCCCAUCUGAUCCCCAUCUGAUAGAUUGGAGGAUCAACAUAUUGGCAGGGUUUGUGUUUAAUUAUUGCAGUCCAACUUCUCAGUCAUGUCCAGUUUUUAAUUAGUCUUUAAACUGUGUGAACUGUGUUUUCAUCUUGCCUUUUGCUUUUACUGUUUUGUAGCAGGUUACCAGGUCAGGAGGAAAUAGUGAUUUUUAUAGCCUUGUAUCAUGAUGAAACAAUUUCCACUAUGUUGCCUGUAGUGCUUCUAGACAUACUCCAUUAAAAAACAGAUUUGUUUUAGAUAUCAUCUAAAGGGCAUUAGUAUAUGUUAAUCACAGGCAUUGAUGCUCAUCACAAUGUGAGUUUAAAAUGUCGGGGCAUGCUAAAACGUACUAUUUUGUGUGCAGUGGAUUUUUAGAAAAGAUUACUGUAUGUACAUACAUUUUUUUCUGUGCUGGUUAAUUUUAAUCUGUUAUCAGGAUAGCAAAGAUAUAUUCUUUUGUAAUUAUAUCUUUAUGUUUCUGUCUAUGUGUGUAGUAGCAUGGAAAUGUGCACAAACUACUAGUCUACUUGGUCAGUUAUGAAGUUUGCUUUUAGGGCCACUCGUGCUGGUUCGGCAUCAGCCCCUCGUCCACAUCUCUACACUAUCUGCUCUCCUCUCAGGCUAUAGACAUGAUUUUUAUUCAUUUAUGUAUGACUGGUUUUGUGUUAGGUGUCGACUCAUUAGGUAUGUUAUCUAUAUGUGUUGUGAAAGUAUACUUGUCAAAUGCUGUAAGUCGUCAUAACACAAAGUUUAACCACCCUGCCUGUUUUUCCCUUUUGGGCAAACGCUGGUUUUCAUCUAGGUGAAAUAUUUUCUCUGCUGCAGCUGAAAAAAAAAAAUCAGAAGAUCACGUGUGCGUCUGUUUGACAAGCAUGAAGUAGUGUAGAACCUUUUAGUUCAAAUACAUACAUUUACAGUAAACACAGUAAAUACAGUUUUUGUCUUUUACUACUUGGAUUUGAAAAUGUCUGCUUUUUAACUGCAAUAUUUUUCUAAUGUUUUUUCUUCUAAAAAUAUCUUUUUAAAGACAAGUAAACACAGUUCACUGGAAUGAUAUGUGCUAGUGAGUUGCAGCAAACAUUUAAGUUUAAACCUACUGUCUGAAAGACAGAAAGUGUUUUUAAAAAUGGACAUAAAUUUUGCACUUUGUCACAGGGCAGCUAAUAGGAUCAAAUGGUUAACUGGAACGUUUCAUUCUGGAUGAACUGGGUGUCUAUCAUUGGUUAAAUAAAACAAUUGUGUGAAAUAAAAAAAAAUAUGAAAGACAGCUGAA